AUGGUUAGCGCCCACCCGAUAGGGCCUAAGCGAGUGAAAUCCCACAACCCAACAAUCGCACUUGCUCUCCUCCGACAAGCGACAAUCCAACGACCACCACCCAGCUAUCCGGCCAAGUCAGUCAAAAUGGUCAACAUUCCCAAAACCCGCCGGACGUACUGCAAGUCCAAGGACUGCCACAAGCACACACAGCACAAGGUCACCCAGUACAAGGCUGGCAAGGCCUCCCUCUUCGCCCAGGGUAAGCGCCGUUACGACCGGAAGCAGAGUGGUUACGGUGGUCAGACCAAGCCCGUCUUCCACAAGAAGGCCAAGACCACCAAGAAGGUCGUCCUGCGUCUCGAGUGCACUGCUUGCAAGACCAAGAAGCAGCUCGCCCUGAAGCGCUGCAAGCACUUCGAGCUGGGUGGUGACAAGAAGACCAAGGGUGCUGCUCUUGUUUUCUAGAUUGUUCAAUUUCCUUGUUCGGCUUCUGGGUUUCCUGCAUUGCACAAAGUGCUUCGCUGUUUUUGCGGAGCAUAUAUGACGUUGGCAAUGGAAAAAUGAAAUAGGAAUUCAACUAUUCAAAAACACCAUCUAUGACUACC